AUUUGAACAAUGGGUUAAUGUGGAUAUGUAUCAGUCUUCAUUGGAUAUUGACAUGGCUUGUUUCUGCUGGUGCAAAAAGAAAAAACGUCAGAAAGCAAAUUCAAUUGAUGUGGAGCAGAAGACAAGAAAGAAGAAUGAGAGUGGCACUUCAUCCCCCUCUCCAAUUCCAUCUGAACGGAAUGUCUCCGUCACCUCUGACCCUUCACCCUCUGACCAACUCUCCUCCCUCCAUCCACCUUCCUCUCCUGUUAAAUGUUCCUCUCAGCCUUGCUCUCCUGAAAAACAGCCCUCUGUACCCCGGUCACCUGCCAAACACCCUUCCCCAGUGAAAUCCUCACCAGUGGUGUCCCGCCCUAGUUUUCCCUCUCCUACCAACCCUCUGGACUGUCAUGGAGACACCAGCCAUGAGGGCACAACAGUCAGACCUCUGUCUCUUCAGGACCACUCUAGCCCAAGGCCCCAGAGGCCAGUCUCAGCCACCAGAGGGUCAGAAGAACGGGGGGCACUGGUCAACAUGGAACUUCUUGGGUUGCCUAACAUUGGCAACACUUGCUUCCUUAACGCCACCCUGCAGUGCCUCCUGGUCCUGCCGUCCUUCUCAAAGGAAAUCCUGCACCAGGAACAACUCUGGAGCUGCUCCCCCUUCUCCAACCUGCUCAGGUGUCUGUCUGAUGUGCACCGUUUGGGUCUACCUGACAAUGGGGCAAACCAGGCCUCAAAAGCAGACCUCAUGUGGAAGGUCAAGUACUCCUUGUCGGGAUAUGAUUUGAAGUAUCUGGGUGACACGCAACAGGACGCACACGAGUUCCUUGUGAAUAUGCUGUGCCAGCUGAAGGAGGAGGGCAUGAUACUGAAGACACUCGGGGUGAGCUAUACCUGCCCUGUUUCCCAGCUGGAGUUCCAGCUUGUGUCGGUGCGCACAUGUACCAGCUGUGGGCGCGAGUCGUCCACCAGAGAGGACUACAACCACCUCUCGUUGGACUUCAGCCCUGAGCGCACAUUGCUGAGCAGCCUAGCACUCACUUUCAAAGGCAAAAAGGUUGAAUUCACAUGUGAGGGCUGUAAAGGCCUCUACGCCUCAAAGGUGGAGCAGUUCCACACACUGCCUCUUGUGCUGGUUCUGCAUCUGAAGAGGUUUGGACGCCCUGGGGGUUGGAGAAGCUGGAGGCUCCUCUUUUGUUUCCUUCGGAGCUGA